AUGUGGGAUGGCCACCAUGGGAAGCGUGUCUGGGGCACGAGCUCCGAUCCUUCCGCGAAUCCUGAGUACGCCAAGCUCUUCCAAGAAGCAGCUGGAGCGAAGUCCGGAGCCAGGGCGAUCGAGACCGAGGCGCUGCUGAACCGCCGUCCUGAGCGGCUCAAGCGCUUCGAGGGCGCAGCGGGGCAUUUCUCGCUCCCCAGGGGCCCGGAGGCUCUGGACACCACCAUGGUGGGUGGUAUCAUCCAGGGCACCGACGUCGGCCCGAGAUUCCCGCGCCGCGCCUCGCGGCCGAAGCUAGAAGGUGCAGCCGGGGGCAUCGCCCGGCCUGUGAUCUGGCGCUACCACGAGAGUACCAAGGAGGUUGCUCCACAGGUCUACGAGCCUCCACCCAAGCUGGGAUACUUGGAGCUCAUCCAGAAGCAUGAGCAGUUCAAGCAGGAGGAGCAACGGAGCUGGGAACAGCGUCGUGAACAGGCGGAGCUGCGGCAGCGGAGGGCCUUCGACGGCGCCUUUGGCAUCGCCAGCGACCGGGGAGAGCAUCGGGAAGGAGGUGGCCGGAGGCGGAUUGCUGUGGGUGGCCCGGAGCAUCUCAAUGCUCCGGAGGGCCACCCUCUCGCCGACCCGACGCAGGAGGCCCUGGGAGAGCAGCUUUACGAUGGCGCAGCCGGUUGCAAAAGUGCUUGGCGAUCACCACGGCAGGAGGGCAUCCGCCCGGCACCUGUCGCCAACUUCUCCCAGCUGGAGGAGCACUCAGCCGAGAACCGAGAGCAGCGGCUGAGAGAUUUUGAAGGUGCAGCGGGGCGACGGAGCGGCCUGCUUCUGGGCAGGCAGCGCGAGCUUCUUCCCCACAGCGCUGCUGAGAGAGCUGGUUGGGGGCGCCAGGAGAUGGGCUACCUGGCGCGAAGUCCACGUGAUCGCGAGAUCAUCGACAAGAUGAUUGCAGGCCUCGGAAGCCCCUGGUGGUCAAGGUGUGGAGCUCACCAUCGGCUGAUCCGGAAGUGGAGCUUCGGCAUUUUCAAAACGACGUUAUUAACACUUGCCCCCCUCCGCCCUCCAGCGGCGCGAACGUAUUCGGCCGGCACCGGCAAGAGCGAUGAUCUCUCCGAGGACGAGGAUGCUGCCGAUGACCUGGGCCGGGUGGUGCAAGCCGUGGCCACAGACACGGCUCUCAUCUUCACUUCCCUUCUGGCGCUGCAGGACGUGGAUGAGAGCAUGGGUCCGACCCACGUCUGGCCUGGGACCAACACCGUCGAGCAUCACGCCACGCUUUGGGGCUCACACAUCACCGGCAAGCUGUCCGUGCGAGAUGCUGACAAGGCGUUCCAGGUAGAUCAUCGGAAGAUGACCCUGCAAUGCGGGGAUCUCGUCCUCUACGACUCAAGGACCAUGCACUGUGGAGGCCCGAACAACUCUGAUCGGCGCAGAUCGGUGUUCUGUGCCUGGCCCUGA